GAGUGAAGUGUCGUGCGAUUUUUUUUCGCGAUCUGUGUCCUUAGUGUUAUCAGCAAAGUAGUUUGUGUGACAACGAAGGAGGGGGUUGCAACGACUUGCAACUCUAUCACGCCGUUCGCGGAAAGGUAUUUCGCGCGAGCGGAAUCAAGUGCAAGGAAAAUCGUCCGCGGCAGAGAUGCGCUCGUAGCGAAUCGACAACUUCGUUACUGCAGUCGGAGCCGGAUUUCGAAGCACGCUGAGGUGGAGGAUGGAGGAGCUGGAGACGCUGGAGAGCACGGAGUGCCCGGAGUGCCCCGGGCCGCCCCCUGAGUUCCGGUUGCCACCACCCCCCCGACCGCCUUUCCUCACUGAGGGCACCUUCUGCUCGGAGUCACCCCUCGCCGAGCUCGAAGACUGUGUUGCUAUCCCGAUGAUCGACGCCUCCUAUCAUACAAACCCGUCGUUGCAAAGCACUGCCCUCAUCAUCACCUGCGCGGUGGUCCUUCUACUAAUGGCCGCGAUUGUAUCCGUCGUUUUCUGGAAGCACAAGCGGAAAGUGCAAAACCUGCUGCCGUGUAAGAGCGCAGCGGGCGCGGCGGCGGUCGCCGGACGGGGUCGCGUGCUGCCAGACGCCAAGUCGCAGGGGGUACCUCUGUCGAUCACCGCCACCGCCCAGUCGUCCACUGCUCGACUUCCGGCCGGUACUGGCGCGAAUAGUCCAUUAUUGUUGCGGAACGAAAGCAACCUCCUGCGAGACAGCCACCUGCUGCUAGCUACGCAGAACGCCUUGAUCACGAGCCAGCGGCCUCCCUCACCUCCUCCUACUCCACCCUCACCUAUGCUUUCCCGCGGAGAAUUUCCAUCGUGUCGAAACCUCGAUGUCAGCUUGACCGCCGACGGCGGCUAUUCGGCCGACGUACGAGUUCCCGCGAGGCCCCGUGAUUCCGGUAUCCCCAUCACUCCCACCCAUCGACCUGGACUGCGCGCCUCUCCCGCUCGAACACCGUCGAGCCCAAACGGUUCGGCGAGCCUCGUUGCGGUACCGAGGCUCACGGUCCGAGAGGAAGACCGCAGACGGCUCUCGGUAGACUCCGAGGGUUAUUCCUAUAUAGACUUCAAAGACUCGGAUAUAGAAUCCACGAGAUACGGUCGUACAGAGACCGCGAAUCCUCCCAUCAACAGCAGGCGGCUGUUGCGAUCGAUGACUUUGAGAUCGAGCUCAAUCGAUUCUGAUGGCUACUCGUACAUCAUCGAUUACAGCAGAAGGGCGCCCGGCGCCGCCAAGAGGCUCGUCGCCGAUGGCACCGAGGAGGAGAUGCUGGACGUUAAGGAUGGCGGAAGAGGGGUGUUCGUCUGCAGUAGCCCCGGUCCUGAUCCUUACACAUCGCAGGACCUUUAUAAUCCUGUCUACGAGGAGCUCAGCAACGGGGACCAUCCGGAGACGGACGAGGAGAGCGAGUUGAAUGCUCGCAAUCGUCUACAUCAUCAUCACCAUCAUCACCGUCACCAUCACCGUACGUCCAGCGCGUCCAAACCAGCGAGCGAGGAUGAAUUCGCCGAGGACGAGCUGUCGAUGGGUGAGCCAUCGGAAGCGAGGAUGCUCACUUCGAGCAGCGGCCCCACCUGGGGUACGUGCCCGGCCGGUGUCAGACCACCGCGCGAACGACGCGGCCGCAGCCCCAGGAGCCUCGAUCGACGCAGACGAGACAAGAACCACGACAUGGGCGAAUUCCACGAGGGCAUGCUGCUGGACGCGUUGCUUCAACUCUAUCCUAGCGUCGCAGGCGUGGCCGGUACGCGAACGGGCAACGGCAGCACCCAGCGUCAGCAGUCCGUCCCGUCGGUGGCGCACAGGUUACCUUACUUCGUGCCACCCUUACCGGCUGCACAGGCUCCGCGGCUGGAGGAGAAUCCCUACGAGAGCGUGCCGGUGCUGGGCCCCCUGCAUCGUUACUCCAGCCAGAACAGGAGCAACAAGGAGCGUUCGCGCAACGGAAAAUCCGGCAACGACAAGUACAAGUACCUGUCGUCGCAGCAACAAUACAGCGGCGACUAUUAUGGUCUACAGGGCCAGUCCGAUGUCACGACGCCGCUCUACACCCAGGUGGGCGGCGAGUACUCAGACACGUACUCGCAGCCAACCGAUCGGCUGUUCGGCGACGAUAAGUACACCCAGCCAGUGUAUUACACGAACUCAACCCGGGACUCGGCAUGCGAUCAAGUAACCAAUGCUGGUCGAUUGUAUCAGGGCCAACCUGACAGCAGUUUCGGUAGCGACAGCGGUUACAGUCAUCACACGUCUGGUACCACUGGUACCACUGGCACCAGUGGCACUCGCGGCAGCAAUUCCCGGACGAACCAUCGCAGGGAUAAGCAACGAAAUUCCCAUCACUCGCAUCAUUCUGCGGACUAUAUCGUGUCCUAAUGGAGGACCGAUCGCGACGUCU